AGGAAAAUUUAUUACUAAUUACCAUAACUCAUAUCGACCACAAAAUAUUAUCCGACAAUCCAACCGAUAUUCGGACGCCAUUUCUUCCGAUUACAGGAAUCCAUUCCCCAUGGAAGAAAUCAUCUUCACAGAAAAAAAGGUAUAUCAUGAACAGCAUUGUGAAUCAGGGGAAAAUGGAAAUUUGAGGGUAAUUAAUGGAGUCGAUAAAAUAGCUGUUUCGAUUGUUGUUCCCCGGAAUCUGCAGAUUAAGGGAGAUCAUUCGUGAAGUGAUUGUUCGUCCGUAGGAGGAGUUCACAAUGAGCGGUUUAGAUGAAUCCUCACGAGGAUCUUCGAGGACGUCCAAGAGGCCUCCGUAUUCUAGGUUUACUCAGCAAGAACUUCCUGGUUGUAAGCCAAUUUUAACGCCUGGAAUGGUUAUAGGAAUUCUCAUCGUUCUUGCUAUAGUCUUCAUUCCAAUUGGUCUUUCCACCUUGUCGGCAUCCGAAAAUGUGGUUGAGCUUAUAGAUCGUUACGAUGAGCUUUGUGUCCCUCAGGAGUAUUUAAAUUCAUUAGAAGAUAGGACUAGAUUCAUCCGUGAUGGAAAAGUUAAUAAAACUUGCUACAGAACUCUCAUCAUUCCAAAGAGGAUGCAGCGUCCUGUUUACGUGUAUUAUCAGCUAGACAAUUUCUAUCAAAAUCAUCGCCGAUAUGUGAAGAGUAGAAGUGAUCGUCAGAUUCGGGAGCCAAAAUACGAACAUGAUACAGGGAUCUGCGCACCUGAAGGUGUAACAAAAAAUAAUGAACCCAUUGUUCCUUGUGGGCUCGUUGCUUGGAGUUUAUUCAACGACACUUAUGUGUUCUCGAAGCAGAACAGCUCCCUAACAAUCAACAAGAAGGACCUUUCCUGGCCGGGUGAGAGAAAAAAGAAAUUCGGUUCCCAUGUCUACCCGAAGAAUUUCCAAAGUGGCGACCUUAUCGGUGGUGCAAAACUCGAUGAAAAGAUACCUCUGAGUGAGCAAGAAGAUCUUAUUGUUUGGAUGCGGACUUCUGCAUUGCCAACAUUCAGAAAAUUAUACGGCAAGAUUGAAACCGAUCUUGAAGCUGAUGAAAAGAUCACUGUGGAAAUUCAAAACAACUACAACACUUAUUCUUAUGACGGAAAAAAGACAUUAGUGAUUUCUACUGCAUCCUGGGUCGGUGGAAAGAACGACUUCCUUGGGAAAAUGUACAUGACUGUUGGCGGAACGAGCCUCUGCCUUGCUAUAGUUUUCAUACUUCUCUAUAUCGCCAUUCCCAGGCCUUUGGGAGAUACAACCUAUCUCUCUUGGAACCGAGUUCCUAUGCUGUAGAUUUUUAUGUUUUUUUAUUUUUUUGUCGAUUUUCGAUCUUGGAUAAGUUUGAUUUCCUCCUGUUAUGGCUACUGUAGUUUUUGCUACACAUUUUCCAGAUUGGAUUGUAGCAAUUUUUAGGAAUGUUUUUAUAUAUGUUUCAGAAGCAGAGAAGAGGAUAUGAACUUUGCUCUUUUGUGUCUUCUGUUCUGAUGCAUAAGUUUUUUGUGGCAAGUUUCCCCUGUAAACAUAUGAUGUGAACAGUUGCAGUUUAGUCCUUCAUUUUUCCGGUAAUUGUCCACUGUGACUUUUCCUGCAUUACUGAUUAAUUUAAAUGUAUUUAAAAUC